AUGCUGACUCCCAUGGCCACUGUUGCUUGGCUGGUGCUCUCCUGCCUGGUGCUCCAGGCCCAGGUGAAAGGGGAAGACCUGCAGAGCGAAGAGCUGUCUCCACGAGCCAGGUGCCCCAAGGGCUCCAAGGCCUAUGGCAACCACUGUUAUGCCUUUUUUAAAACAACAAAAUCCUGGAUGGAUGCCGAUACUAAACCCAAUGAAGGUGGAUGGGAGUGGAUCAAAGAGGAUGUGCUGAACUAUGAGGCCUGGGAGAGAGGUGGCCCUACCAAUUCUGGGUACUGUGGGGUCAUUCUUAGACACAAAGGCUAUGAAAACUGGCAAAAUUUUGACUGCAGAAAUCUACUGCCCUAUGUCUGCAAGUUUGAGAGCUGA